AUGGCAAAGUACGGCGAGGGCGACAACCGUUGGAUCGUGCAGGAUCGAGCGGACGGCGCGAACGUGCACAACUGGCACUGGGCGGAGAAGGACUGCAUGGAAUGGUCGCGGCGGCGCCUGGGGGAGCUGAUUGGCGGGCUGACGGUGCUGGAAGGGGAAGGCGGGUGCUGGAUCCGCACGGGAGCGAUUGAAAAGGUGGAUGGCGAGGCGUACGUGAACAUUCGGAAGGGGAAGAUCAUUCCCGGCUACGAGCUUCACGUCCGUCUCGGCUGGGAGGGCGAGGUCAAGGACUCCGCCGACGCUCAGCCCGUCGCGUCCGUUAAAGGCUUCGUGGAACUGCCUUAUAUCGCGGACGAGAACCACGACGAGGAUCCCGAGGUGAAGAUUGCCCUGGCCACGGAAUCCGCGGAAGGAAACGGUGGAGGGUCGGCAGCAGCCAAUAGGCUGCGAGAUGCGAUGCUGGCGCGAGGCAAGCCGCUUAUUCUGGAGAGAAUCCGCACGUUCGUUAAAGACAUCCAGGCUGGUGGUCCCGCCAGGGACGAGUUAGAAAAGGCUAAGGUAGUGAAACCAGCAGCGGCGGCGUCAACAGCAGCACCAGCAGCAGCGCCUGCAGCAUCAGGAGCAGGAGCAGCAGCAGCAGCAGCGGCGGCAGGAGCAGGGUCUGCGCCUGCUGCUGCUAAAACCACCGCGAGCACAGCCCCAACCAGCAAGAGCAAGAAAGAGAGCAGCAGCAGCAGCGGAGCUGGGAAGAAGUCGAUUGCCAUCACCCAGAGGUUCCACUGCCGGCCGUCGGAUCUGUACGAGACGCUGAUGGAUGAGAAGCGGUGGAUGGCUUUCACUCAGUCCAAGGCGAAACUGUCGCGGGACAUAGGGGGUACCUUUUCGUUGUUUGAUGGGUCCGUGACAGGUGUCAACCAGCGGUUGGACGAGAACAAGCUGAUUAUGCAAAAGUGGCGGUUCAGUAGCUGGCCCGAUGGGCAUUACUCCACGGUGUGCAUAACCUUUGAGGAGCCUCAAGUGGGUGACACCAUUCUGCGGCUCACACAAACCAACGUGCCUGAAGAGGACAGGCCUCCAGCUGACAGCAAGAGUGCUGUUGCGGACCCUGCUGCUGCUGGCGCAAGUGAAAGUAACACUGGCGACAAAGUCAGCGGGGUCAGUGAGAGCAGCAGUAGUGCUGACAGCGACACGUGGGAGGCUCGGAUUCGCGCGCUGGAAGAACAGCUAGAAAAAACGAACGUGGAAACUGCGUUCCUGAAAGCGCGGAACACGGAGCUGCAGGCUCGGCUGUUAGCUAAGGAUAACGAGGUGCGCCCUCAAGUGGUGAAAACCAGACUGCCUGUCUCAACCGCAGCAGCAAAGUCAGCGGGAGAAGCGGAGAUGAGAGGAGGAACGGGAGGGAUUGGCGGUGUUGGCGUGGAAGGGAGAGGCAGCAGCAGUAGCGGGGGUUCUGUUGAGCAAAGCAGCAGUGGCAGCAAGAGCAGCAGCGGUGGGGAUGCUGGUAAAAACGACAGCAGUAGCGGCAGAAGCAGUGGCGUCAGCGGUGACGAGGAGAGUGGGAGAGAGGACGCGGUGACAGGCAGAGGAGGGCAAUGGAGUACUGUUGAGGAUGGUGUUAGCAGCAGCGAUCACAACAAUAGUGGGAUGCCGUUGGAGUUGCAGCUGGCAGCAGCUCACGCGAAGAUAGCUGUACUGGAGAGGCUACUCAAGGCCCGAGCCAAUCAGUCUCCUCUCCCCCGCCUCCCCUCCGCCUCCUCCCCGUGGAAGCCCAUCCCCCGCCCGCCCAUGCCGUCCCCUGCCUCCCAAGCGCCUGCGCAAUCCAAACCCUAUGUUCUGAGCCGUGUAAAGCAAGAGCCUAGAGACAGCAGCGGUGGGCUACAGCACACGGGCGUGGUGCAGCACACGGGCGUGGUGCAGCAUGAGGGGCGGAGAGACGAGGGCUUGUCCGUGAAUUCGCAGUCAGGUCUGGGACGCCAUGCCGGGAUGAACACUGGGAUGGGGAACGCGGCUGCUGAGGGGGGUAUUGGAAUGGGUACGGGAGUGAUUAGUGGGGUGGAUGCGGAGGUGGGUACAGAGGCGGUGGCGGAGGGAGGGGUGGUGCUGGUGGUGCGGCCGUGGGACAGUGAGGGCGUGGCACGGCUGCAGCAGGAGCUGGCAGAGGCAAAGGCGGUGCAGCAGGCAACAGCGGGGAAGCUCAAGGCGGUUGAGCAGCAGCUGGGAAGACUCUAUGCCGUGCGAGAGGAGGUGAGCUUGGGCGUCAAGAAAGGGAUCGGUAAGGGUUACCAUGUAACACAUGCGGUUCCUGUGCGGCAUGUGUACACUCGCAGCUGGGUGUAG